CUCAGAGACAAUUCAUUUCUGCCUUCCGUUUUGCAGCCCCUCACGCACCCAAGGGAUCCAGGAUUGGAAAGGCCAACUUCUCCCACCUUGUUUUUGGGUCGGCUUCUUCCACCUGCAUCACUGCAUGGCACAGACACAGACAUGAGCAAUCAGGAAGUGAUUUAUUCCUCCUUGAGGGUUCUUCAGUCUCCUUCAGAGUCACAAAAUAGGUCAAGGCCUGGUGCUACUCAAAGACAUGGGAAAACUGAUGACAAAGAGUUUUCAGUGCACUGGCGUCUCAUUGUAGUGAUUCUUGGGAUCCUCUGUUUACUUCUUUUGGUGACAGCCACAGUGUUGGGGACAAAGUUUUUACAGUGUAUUCGAGAAAAACACCAACAGGAGGAAAUUCUACGAAAUCUCCGUCAAAAUUGCCACAAUAUACAAAAUGACGCCUACUUAAAGGAGCAGCUUUUGAAUAAGACUUUAGAAUAUGACAUUCUCGAAAAUGAAACCCUUCAGCAGAAAAAGAAACUGGACUCACUCUUUAUAGAAGAGAAGAGAUGUCAUAGAAAACAGGAGAGCUUUUCAAAGUCUCUGCAAAAUACAGGCAAACUCUAUGAAGACCACUGGUCCUGUUGUGGAGGAAAGUGUUAUUAUUUUACCACUGAACAAAAAGACUGGAAGGGAUGUAAACAGACUUGCCAAAGUUGCAGUUUAUCUCUUUUGAAGAUAGGUGAUAAAUAUGAACAGACCUUCAUCCAAGCCCAGACUCAUCCUGAUUACUACUGGAUUGGAUUAUCAUAUAAUGAGAAGGAAAGUAAAUGGAAAUGGAUUGACAAUGACACAAGUUCUGGAAUUAAUUUGACAAUAAUGAGUUUGCGUCCUGGGAGAGAAGAAUGUGUGUUUUUAACCUCAACAAGGAUAGACAAUACUGAUUGCUCUAAAACCUAUAAUUGUAUAUGUGAGAAGAGAAUUGAUUGUGUUUCCACUGCCUGCUUCAAGUAGACACAGAAGAAAAGUAAGACUUAUUCCAUUGUGGAAAAAGAGAUGAGUUGGAAGAGGAAGAAAAUGUUCUUUUGGGCUAUGAUUUAAGAGAUCAGAUGCCGGCUGUCUUCUUGGGGAAGAGGGGAAGAUUUUGUCUUUGGAAAUCAGUUAUCCCUCUCUUUAAU